AUGAAGUUUCACAUUGACGAUCUACCUGUUGUCUUCCCUUAUGACCGGAUAUAUCCUGAACAAUAUGCGUAUAUGUGCGACUUGAAGCGCACCCUGGAUGCAACGGGCCACUGUGUCCUUGAGAUGCCUUCCGGGACAGGCAAGACGGUGUCCCUAUUGUCUCUCAUUGUAUCGUACCAGCAAUUCUACCCGGCAAAACGCAAGCUUAUUUACUGCUCGCGAACCGUGCCUGAGAUUGAGAAAGCGCUGGAAGAGCUGAAGCGUCUUAUGGCAUAUCGUGUCUCAUGUGCCGAGACAGAGGAAGAGAAGAAAAAGGAGGAGAGCUUUUAUGGGCUCGGCCUAACCAGUCGGAAAAACCUCUGCAUUCAUCCAGAGGUCGCCAAAGAGAAGAAAGGGAAAGUAGUAGAUGCUCGUUGUCGCGAUCUUACAAAUUCUGCAGUAUGUGAGAAAGGCCGCCAGAAUCCCGGAUCAGUCGAACUCUGUGACUGGCAUGAGAACUUAGGAAAGCUUGAACCAGGCAGCAUCAUUCCGCCUGGUAUCUGGACGCUUGCAGAUGUUCUUCAAUACGGCCGCGAUAACACCAUUUGCCCGUAUUUCACCGUCCGCAGAAUGUUGACUCAGAUGCCCUUCGUAGAUGUGGUCAUCUACUCCUUCCAUUAUCUUCUGGAUCCGAAGGUUGCCGAGCAAGUUUCCAAAGAAAUGUCGAAGGAUGCAAUAGUGGUCUUCGACGAAGCCCACAAUAUCGACAAUGUCUGCAUCGAGUCCUUGAGCAUCGAUUUGACCAGACCAAUGCUGGAUUCAGCAGCCAGAAGUGUGGGUAAACUGGGCGACAAGAUAGACGAGAUCAAGAAGACAGACGCCUCCAAAUUGCAAGAUGAAUAUGCCAAACUGGUUGAAGGUCUGCAAGAUGCUGCCAAUGAUGAGGAUGCGUUCAUGUCCAAUCCAGUGUUGCCGGAAGAUCUCCUCAAAGAGGCUAUUCCUGGUAAUAUCAGGAAGGCCGAACACUUCGUGGCUUUCCUCAAACGCUUCGUUGAGUAUUUGAAGACUCGAAUGCGUGUCUUGCACGUUGUAGCAGAGACACCUCUAUCAUUCCUGCAGCACCUGAAAGACAUCACGUACAUAGAACGUCGACCGCUGCGCUUCUGCGCAGAACGCUUACAAUCACUCGUGCGAACUCUUGAGCUGAGCCGGAUAGAUGAAUAUUCUGCUCUGCAGAAAGUGGCGACAUUUGCUACUCUGGUCGCAACAUACGAGAAAGGGUUCCUGUUAAUCCUUGAGCCUUUCGAAACCGACAAUGCCACGGUCCCGAAUCCGAUAUUCCACCUAACAUGCCUCGACCCGGCCAUAGCAAUCAAGCCGGUCUUUGAACGAUUCAGUUCUGUUGUCAUUACAUCCGGAACCAUCUCCCCACUGGAUAUGUACCCCAAGAUGCUGCAGUUUCAGCCUGUCGUUCAGGAGUCGUAUGCGAUGACACUUACCCGGAACUCCUUUUUGCCAUUGGUUAUUACUCGUGGUAGUGACCAAGUCGCGAUAAGCUCCCGCUUCGAAGUGAGGAACGACCCAGCGGUGGUACGCAACUUCGGCAGUAUCCUCAUUGAAUACAGCAAGAUCGUCCCGGAUGGCAUUGUAGCUUUCUUCCCAAGCUACCUAUACAUGGAAUCCAUUGUGGCAGCAUGGAACGAUAUGGGCAUCUUGAAUGAAGUGUGGAAGCACAAGUUGAUAUUCGUGGAGACCCCAGACGCCAAUGAGACGAGCAUUGCGCUAGAGAACUACCGCAGGGCAUGUGACAACGGACGCGGAGCUGUCCUUCUCUCUGUCGCGCGUGGUAAGGUUUCCGAAGGAAUUGACUUUGAUCACAAUUAUGGAAGAGCUGUCAUCAUGUUUGGUGUCCCGUACCAGUAUACGGAGAGUCGAAUCUUGAAGGCCCGCUUGGAAUAUCUGCGAGAUGCAUAUCGUAUCCGAGAGUCCGAGUUCCUCGGCUUCGACGCGAUGCGGAAUGCAGCGCAGUGCGUCGGACGCGUUCUUCGCGGAAAAACUGACUGGGGCCUCAUGGUUUUCGCGGAUAAGCGAUUUGCUCGCGCCGAUAAGCGCGCUAAGCUGCCCCGAUGGAUCAACCAGUAUAUUACCGAGACGGCCUCCAACCUGUCCACGGACAUGGCGUUGACACUGUCAAAGCUCUUCAUGCGCACGAUUUCGCAAAACCCGAAUGAGAACCAGACCGGCAUAUCGCUCUGGAGACUGGAGGACAUUGAGAAGGCACAAGCGAAGCAGAAGGAGCUGGCGUUUGAGGCCGAGCAGCAACAUGGCGAGCCUAUGGACGAGGACGACGAAUAUGGCGACGGCGGACUUGAUGAUCGCAUGUUGGCCGACGUCGACUUGGAUGUAUGAUACGGUCAUAUUCGUAGAUACUCGAUACAUAUGAUACACUGGUAUAUGGC